UGGAUGUGGAGAAAAAUUCAUCUCAUUGGUCGUCACACUUUGAUUGUCCAUGAAUGUCACCAGUUCAUGACAGUUCCAUCAUAUCAUCAAAAUUCUAGCAAAUUCAUACCUCAAAACGACCAUUACCAUCCACUCUAUGCAGAAAUGAAUGAACCUUUCCAAACUGAAGAAGAGAAAAAGUUGAAUGAGAAGCGAUACGGCUGCUCAGUGAUAGAUCCAUCCUUCAUCUUCACCCAAAUAUACCGCCACGGCGACAAAAUCCACCCGGCGGUGGAGAAAUGGUUUCGAUCGAUGGACACCCAAAACGCAGGCCGCAUCACCUCCAAGGAGCUUCAGCAAGCUUUCGAGCUCUUCCAGGGCAGACACUUCUCCGACUCCACCUGCAAAUUCGUCGUCAGACUGUUCGAUCUGGACCGGAAUGGGGGUCUCGACAUCAAAGAGUUCGAGUCCUUGUACUACCACAUUAAGCUAUGGAUCAACGCCUUCAACAUCUACGACAGAGACAGGUCGGGGUAUCUGGACGAGAACGAGCUGGACCAGGCUCUCAGAGAGAUGGACAUUCACUUUACGCCUGAUUUCGUCAGGUUUUUGAUAAGGAGGAGUAACCCGAACGCGAAGAAGAUGUCUUUGGACCAGUACAUCAUCACCUGCAUCCAGAUCCAGAAGUUCACCGACGAGUUCAAGAAUAGGGACACUAGUUUUUCGGGGAAUAUCAAUGUGAAGUACGAGGAGUUCCUGGAAUUGAUUCUGAGAUGUUUAUGACUUCCAGUGAACCAACAACAAGAUGCUAUAAAAUGAUAUAAGAAAAUUUCCAUUGUAAUAGAUUAUGAUAUUAAUAUGCAUUAAAAUCUUGAUUUAGGACAGUUGAGCUAAAUAAUAAUU